UACGAGUGCCAGAAAGAGUGAAAAAAAAAAAACACGAGGUGAAAAAAAGGAAGUAGAAAGAGAAGGGUGUGGCCAAACUACGGUUUGAUUUUGCAGCAUCUGGACUGUUGGACGCUGAAACCUGAAACUGACACACAACCUUUUCAGCAUGGAAACUAAGAAAAUCUGGGAAGGAAGUGUACUAUUACUGUUCUUCUACUUCAGAGCAUAUGCUGGUGGAAAUGUUUCACUCUCGCCGGAUGUCCAACCUUCACUUACCACAAACGUUACAGCCGACACAGAUGGAGAGAAAACAACCAAAUUUGGUACAACUACAUCACCCUUUGAUAUCACUCGCACUAUUGAGAUAGCAGACAUGAAAACAAACACUAUUGCGGUGCAUUCGGAGGACUUGGAAAAUGAUGAAAACACAACCAGUAUCAGUAUGGAAACAACACUAGCUCCACCGGCCACCAGUUUAACAACAAACAGCCAAAGAACCAAUGGUUCUAAAACAACCGUGGUAUGGGAAAUCAAACGGGAUGAAAAGUGGGACAAACCUUUCAAAUAUGAUUAUAGCUCUCUGAGGACAGCGGGGCUAACUAUAGCUGCUGUGCUCUUCGUGUUAGGCAUCAUGGUGAUUUCCUGUGGCAAAGUCAGAUGUGGCCGCUGUUGUAACGCAGGCAAAGGAAGAUCAUAUGAGGUGACCAGAAUGUAACUCAGCAGACGAGCAGCAGCAUCCGACAGACAUCCAGACCCGUUUGCACUGCAUGCCGUGUGUGUUUGUGUGUGUGUGUCAUAAUAAUAAUUAUGAAUAGAAGAACAUGUAAAGAUUUUCUGCCUAUCCCCAGUAAUCAAGCUUUGCUACCUGUGCAUGUACCUGUAUAUUUUCACAAUGUAAACCUGACUUCCUGGUUUGUAACAAAAGAAGUGCGGGAGAAUAGGGACGUGUGCCAUCAUGCUGGAAAGGGCAUCCACUCCCUUCCAGACAAACCACACACACCUCUGACUAACACAUCUCUGACACACACACAUCUAUGAAUGUUUGACUUUGUCUGCUGUCACACCUUUUACACUGCUCCAUGUCUGUGUUUCCUUCCAUAACACACUGCAUUUAUCAGUCUUAUUUAUUGGAAAAAAAAACGUGGAUUUUGUGGCUCAAAAGUGCCCUCAAGAGGCCUAAAAUUCAUUUUGGCACAAAAGCAACAUUUCAGAGUGUCAAAGAAGGAAAUAAAGCUAUUUUAUUUGGAUGAGGUCAUUAUUUGUUUUCAGUGAGUCUUGAAUCCCAUGACUGGUCUCCCAACCUAUUAAGGACUUGUCAAUACUUGUUCACUGCUUCAGAGCUUGUAGGAAAAAAAGACUCUUUUUACAGGUUACGAAACUUCACUAGGGCACAAAGGGUGACUGUAAACAAUGGAAAACAGGAACAUGCUGACGGCAGACAACAGCUAUCAUCGUUGUAAUCUUAGUACUGGAUAUUUCCAUGACUAAAAGAGAAAACAUGUUGAAAUGUUAUAAACAUGUCCAAAAAC